AUGUCCGGCUGGAAACGCCUAAAUGUCGGCGUCAUUGGUGGCGGUAUCGGCGGCAUGUCCGUGGCCAUCGCACUCCGUCGAGCAGGCCACGACGUGACGAUCUACGAGAAAUCCGAUUUCGCCGGCGAGGUAGGCGCAUCGGUGUCUUGCGCGGCGAACGGGACUCGCUGGUUGCACGAGUGGGGCGUUGAUAUCGCCAAGGGUGACCCGGUCGUGUUGAAGAAGUUGAUUAAUCGGGAUUGGAAGACGGGUGAACCUGUUAGUGUGUAUGAUUUGGAUGAUUAUGAGAAGCGGUGGGGGUAUGUGUACAACAUGUUUCAUCGGCAAUAUAUGCAUUCUAUGUUGAAGGAUUCGGCGUUGGGGGAGGAAGGGGAGGGUUCGCCUGCGAAGUUGGUGGUUAAUCAUCGGUGCCGUGAUAUUGAUAUGAAGACAAGCACGGUCAUCUUCGAAAAUGGUGUUAUUGCACACCACGAUCUGAUCGUUGGCGCUGACGGUAUUGGCUCUGUUGUCCGAGGCAUUCUGGGUAUCAAGCCUGAGAAGCGCCCCUCCGAGUCCAGCUGCCUUCACGCCAACGUCGACACCGAGGAAGCAAUCCGACUCGGUCUGGUCGACUAUUCACAGGACAGCGCCCUCGAAUACUGGGGUGGCCAAGAAGGCAAAUGGGACAAGAUCGUUCUCUCCCCCUGCAACGGCGGCAAACUCCUCUCCUACUACUGCUUCUUCCCCCGCGAACAAGGCGAUUACUCCACCCAAGCCUGGGGUUCCGAGUCUCGCCCGACCGAGGAACUCCUCAAGCCUUACCCUCAACUGGACCGUCAAGUUUUCAAGCACCUCGCUAUUGGAAAGGAGAUUCAGCCCUGGCGGCUGUGGGUGCAUGAUCCUUAUCCGUACAUUCACCGGGCGAAUGUUUGUCUGUUGGGUGAUGCGGGACACCCGAUGAUGCCUCAUCAAAGCCAGGGUGCGUGCAUGGCUAUUGAGGAUGCGGCUGCGCUGGGAAUUUUGUUCAAUAAGAAGUAUUUCAACGGUGAUGUUGCGCAGUCGCUGGAGGCUUAUGAGCAGGUGCGCUUGCCUCGUGCUACAAGAGUGCAGGCUGCGGCUGCUAAGGCGGCGUAUAACAUUAAUGAGAGAAUUGGAUUCUCCGUCAACAAGGAUACUCCCACAUACAAGGUCGAGGAUCCAAAGAAGGUUCUCACGAUCGAGGAGAUGAACUCAUACGAUAUGUACCAUGACAUCGAGGAGAAACUGGCUGCUAUCCGUGGUAUCAACUACACCGACAAAUUUGUCUGCGGUCUCCCCAUGGGAUUGGAACUGCCUAAUGGCAUUAUCGUCGGGGCCGCAGCAUGA